GUUACGCAAACUGGCUUCUCUGUCCCUGGCAGGAUCCUGGGAUAAUGUUGGACUCCUCGUAGAGCCAUCAGCCCCCCACAAAGUUAGCACCGUUUUCCUUACCAACGAUCUUACCCCACCGGUUCUCGACGAGGCCAUCAAGCAAAACUCUGAUAUGAUUAUCUCUUAUCAUCCACCUAUUUUCUCUGGUAUGAAAAAACUGGUACAGAAACAGUGGAAGGAUAAAAUCAUUAUAAGAUGUAUCAAGAACAAAAUCUUGCUGUUUAUUCGCCCCAAAUACAAGUUAAAGAUUUGUGUAGAGGCUGAACAGAAACCAGUCAUUGAAGGGAGGCAUUUAAAAAAGCCGAACAACAAGUUAAAAUUACAGAAAUGUAGAGAAAGAUCAGAUGGUAAGCACCACUUAUCUGUUCACUGUACAAAAUCUUCCUUGAAGAGGGUGAUGUCAAUAUUACAAGAUAAAAUGGAAUCUGUAAAGAAUUUACAGAUAACAAACCUAGAAAAGGCACCUACAUUGGGUUAUGGUAUGGGUCGUAAAGCCAAGCUCAACAAGAGUAUAUCACUAGAUGAGGCUGUACAACUUGUGAAAAAACAUCUCAAACUAGAUCAUGUACGCCUAGCUAAAUCUCCAGGAGUUGAGGCAGUAUCAAGUGUUGCAGUUUGUGCGGGCUCGGGCGGAAGUGUUCUACGUAAUGUCACAGCAGAUCUGUAUGUGACAGGUGAAAUGUCACAUCACGAGGUUCUCCAUGCUGUGUAUAAUAACUCAGCAGUGAUAUUAUGUGAUCAUAGCAACACUGAGCGGGGAUAUUUAACUGUGUUAAAAAUCUAA